AUGAGCGGGAAUCGGUUGGGCACAGAUAAGUCUGAGCAAAUGGACUCUACGAUGGCUGCAAAUCUGUCCAAUGGUGACGCGUCAUCAUCAUCGAUACGCCCUCAAGCAGUACAGAGACCCGGCGAGAAUGCCAAGGCGAGGCGCGCAGUAGCUGCUUGUAGUCGAUGUCGGAGAUAUCGUCAGAAAUGUGUGAUGCAUUGGGCAGAUGGCCAGCCGUUGACACCUUGUCAGGCUUGCGCGAAAGCAGGGCGAAGAAUGGCUUCUGAUUGCCCGCCAGCUGAUAAGGCGCAGUUCCGACGCAGAAGAAGACCAACCUCCACGAAUGAUUCCGGGGCGGAUGAAAUAGCAAAAGAAAUUACUAGGUCUCCGCAGAGGACAGUGGCCCAGCGGAGAGGUGCCAAUCCAGUCGGAAGGAUGGCUGAUAUUCUGAGUGAAGAGGUACCAACAGAUUCUUCGCCAUGCCAAUCAGUUCAUGGUCUUUCGCCGAGCUCCAUAUCGGAUCUCCUUCCUCCUCAUGAUGAGGUCAUUGAAGGAGUCCGAGUGUUCCUGUACAACUAUUUCCAGCUUGGAUUUCUACCUCGGGCGUUCUUCUUAGAACAGGUGGAAAGGGAUAUGUCCUCGGUACCACUUUUUCUCCUGCUGAGCAUACUCACCCUCUCGGCCAGGUUCACGCCUUCUCUCAUCAAACGUUUCGGAGGAGGCAAAGAGGCAAGCAUAGAGAUGAGACGACGCGCCAUGGGUUUGCUUGGAGAUGAGAUCAUGGCCGCCAGCGUAGAGAGGAUGCAAGCGUUGUUCCUUCUUGGAGUGAGCGAGUUUGGCGAAGGGAACGGCGGGAGAUCGUGGCUGCUCACCGGUAUGGCUAUUCGUAUGGCAGCGACCAUGCGCCUUCACCGUGAGGCGACAUACAAUCUACCUCCCGGGGCCUCACCUGAGGACGCUAUACGGUCAGAGAUGACCAGGAGAUCUUUUUGGCUCAUCUACUGCCACGACCAGCAAAUCGCCGGUAGAUCGCCCAGUACAACCUUCCCACUCUCUACCAUUGACGUUCUUCUCCCCUGCGAAGAAGAGGAUUUCAUCUUCGGUCAAACUCCAACAGCUGGACGUGCAGCUCUUCCUGGAUCAGCAGCAGAUCAAUCAGCUCUCGACUAUGCCACGGAGUCUCACCGCUCGCUAUUCGCGACCAUGAUCAUCGGACAAUGGUUAUGGGCUCGUGCAGCAGAACAUGCUUCGAGUAUGGUGAACCCACGCAACGUUCGGCCUUGGGACGUGAACGAGAAUUUCUGGAAAUUGAACAGGGAGCUCGAGCUGUGGGAGCUCAAUCUCCCUCCCAGACAGACUUUUAGCCCGUUUACCGUCAGGGUCUUGAAGGGCCAGCACCUUGAUCUGGUGAGUUGUCAUCCGUUCAGCACCAAGCUGAUCGUUCAGGGAUUUCUGUCUAUACCCAUGCUUCUUCGGCUCUCGCAUAUUGUGCUUCGGCGGGCUUAUCUUCCGUGGAUGGCUAAUGCUGUUGACCAAUCAUCCACGAAAGUAAUUGACUCAGAUGCCCCUCCCAACUUUUGGCAAGGCAUGGCCUUGCACAUGGUACAGAAUUGUAUCAACCUGCAUCAGACGAUUCAGACAGGCUUGGCAACGCGGUCGAUGAGAGGCGGUUUUCCAGCCGUAUUUAUCUUUGCAGUUUAUAUGUGCGGUGACAUCGCAUACUAUCUGAACAGAUGGCCCAAGUUGUGUCCAAAGCACGCCCAUCAUGCUCCAGCAAUUCUCCAGUCCGCCUUGGAGCUGCUCGAACAGCUUGAAGAGGCCUGGCCUCUGGCGACUCGAUGGAGAUCGACACUGGCUCAACUGGUGCAAACCUCAAACCUGGACAUUAGCUUUGGCAAUGCUGCACGAGCCAGUCGUGAUGCCGACGAAGAGACUGGUAUAUAUAGGGAGCCUAAUAGUUCCCCUGCUAGCAGCACUCAUCGGCCUGGCUCUCUACCGGCGAUUUCCCCAGCCUUUGACCCUCAACAUAUCAAUUUCGCUGCGACGAACUCGGACACAAUUGCUCAAGUCUCACGACACCAGCCCCCAGUUCCGAACUCAGUGACUGUGGAGUCGGUUUCUGCUUUGAUUUCUCUUCAGAAUGCUGAGCCUUCCAUUCAAUACGACCUAUCGUCCGUCAAUAAUUUCAGUACGGACAUUUUUCAUGGGCAGGAUGGCACAGAGUCACUGCCCUUUGUCGGUUACGAUGCGUUCGGUGCUGAUCUCACUGCUUUCUUGCGGGGAGAGCCUAUGGAUUGGUCUAACCCUGGAAGUCAAAUCGGUGAUUCUAGUUUCGGUGGUGAUCAGCAACACUCUCAGAUCGACACCAAUAUCAAUGCUACAGUUUUCGAUCUCGCCGAUUUGUUCGAGCAGAAUACAUCGGGACUCUGA